AAAGAAGAAAUGACACUCAAACUACAUAAGCGUAAUGUGAAAUCUGCCCUUAAGAAAGCCACUCCCUCUUCUCGAGAAAUAAAGUGUACUGAUCUUUUUCAUUCAACUUCAUGCAAGAGAUGGUGAGUUAAUGCGAGAAAUACCACAUUUAAUACCUUGUUGCCUGCCACAACUGUACAAAUCCAGUCAAACUAAAUCACUGCCGAUAUACAUUUGAUGCCAUUUACUGUGAGCAUACAAUAUUUUGUUUACAGAGUUGAACAGUUCCCAGUCUCCUGUCACAGUUCUUAACUGAAGACUGUAGUGGAUGAGCAUUCACCUACAAACAUCCAAAAUACAGUCAACAACAAUAUAAAUGUCUGAGAGUCAAAGCUGCAAAAUGGCAGAAACGUCUGAUUACGAAAAUCCUUUUACCUGUCCAAUCUGUCUUCAUCUUCUGAAGGGCCCAGUAACUACAGCUUGUGGCCACAGUUUCUGUAUGGACUGUCUCAAUGAGUACUGGGAUCGAGACGAUCAGAAGGGCAUUUACAGCUGCCCCCAGUGCAGGCAGUCGUUCAGCCCAAGACCUGUUCUCAGCAGAAGCACUGUGCUGGCAGAAGUUGUUGAGAAAAUGACAAGAGAGGCACCAGAAACAGAAACAAUCUCUUCUGUAACAUCUUUUGCUGUGUCUGGGGAUGUGGUGUGUGAUGUCUGCAUGAAGACCAAAUCAAAAGCCAUCAAGUCUUGCCUGACAUGUUUGGCUUCUUACUGUGACUCUCACAUCAAAGCCCAUUAUAUAUCUCCUGCAUUAAAGUGGCACAAACUGGUCAAAACUUCACCAUAUUUAAUGGACCAGAUCUGCUCUCAACAUCAUAAACCUCUGGAGCUUUACUGUUGCCAACAUCAGCAGCUGAUAUGUGUGCAAUGUGCUUUGAUUACUCAUCAGAACCACAAAAUGACUUCACCUGCUUCAAAAAGAGAACAAAUACAGGAACAGAUGGGGUCAAAUCAGAAUGUUCUAGAAAGAGAAAUGCAGAUGCGAGAGCAGAAGGUGCAAGAGUUAAGGAAAGCUGUGGAGGGUUUUAAGCACUCUUCACAGACAGCAGUGGAACAUAGCGAGAAGAUGUUUACUGAGCUGAUCCACUCCAUGGAGAAAAGACGAGCUGAGAUAACAGAGGUGAUCAGAGCUCAGGAGAAAGCAGAAGUAAGGCAUGUUGAAGAGCUCAUACAAACACUGGAGCAGGAGAUCAGUGAUCUGAGGAAGAGUCAUGAUGAACUGGGUCAGCUUUCACAGAUAAAGGAUGACAUCUAUGUCAUUCAGAAUUUCUCAGCUCUUUCCCUCAAGCAAUUUUCAAACUUGAACAACAUGUCUGUCAGCCAACGUCUGACAUUUGAGGAAAUUGAAACAAUUGUCAGUUUGCUGAAAAGCCAACUAGAUGAUCUCUGUGAUCAAGACAUUGUGAAAAUAUCAGAGAAAGUUCCCACUAUCUAUAUAAUGACGAACAAUAAGAAGAUUGCAAAGUAUUUGCCAUCUCGACCCAUGUCCAGAGAAGAGUUUCUUAUAUAUUCCACUAAUCUGAACCUGGAUCCAUCAUCAGCCUGCAAACAGCUCAGUGUAAACCACAUGUCUGUGUCGAGGUGUAAUGUUCAACAACAAUCUGCUUUCAACUACUCUUAUGACAAUUAUUAUAGCAACUAUGGCAAUCAGCAACGUUCUAACAGUACUUACCAGGUGUUGUGUAAGGAAAGAUUAUCUGGACGCUGUUAUUUUGAAGUUAAGUUCGAGGGAGCAGGUUGCUCUAUUGCAUUCUCAUAUGAUACUCUUAGUCAAGGCGGGACAAGUUUUAUCUUCGGCUCUAACAACAGAUCCUGGAUAUGUGAUUUUCCAACUGCUAAUAUUUGUGUGCAGCACAGUAACCUACAGACUAAUAUUCCUGUGAUCUUUAAAAUUGGAGUAUUUGUUGAUCAAGAUGCAGGAACUGUGACCUUCUACAAUGUCUCUGAUAAAAUGACCCUCCUGCACAGAAUCCAGACCACAUUCACUUCGCCCCUCUACCCUGGGUUUUCAUUUCAGAAAUGGGAAAAUAACUCAUCAGUGACAAUUUGUGAUCUUAAAAAUUAAUAAUCAUGUAAAUCCAGGGUUUUAGCCUCCUGACUGUUAUUUCAGCCCCCUUAAUCUAUAAUCGCCUUUUCUUUUCUUUUAUUAGCAAAGUUUGUUAAAAUGUCUGUCUUGAAAAGUAUAACAUAAACACACUCUGUUAUGUCUUAAUUAAAGGUAAACAUUUAGAAAAUAUUGUAUAUGUUUCAAUAUAACCGAUCCAUGCUUGAGUUCUAAAGUGACAGCAUACCUUCUGUUAUCUAUGUUAAUAAUAUUAAUCAAACAACAACAAAACAAAUAAUCAUUUACUGCUCUUAAUUAAAUAAUUUUUGUAGCUUUAUUAGGUAUCUGUGUGUAUUUACUGCAUACAUUAAUACAAUUUUCACAAGCACUGUAUAGUACUGUUUAAUUUGUACUUUUGAUAUAUUGCAUUUAUUUGUUCUUUUGCUUGUAAUUUGUUUAUUUGUUAUUUUAUUAUUGACUGUUUACUUGUCUUUAAUGUUUGAACUUUAUAUUAGUUAGGCCAGUAUUAAUGUUUUGUUGUGAUCAUGAAUUGGAAUUGGAAAAUUGUGAAAUUUCACUCUAGUAUCUUAAAUGUUGGUAUCAUAAAUGUAUAUAGGUCAAAAGCAACAGAAGCAGAAACUUAAUUUGUUUAGGGGGCCAAUGAAUAUUUUGGCAGGGAAAGUAAAUGCCCAAUAUAAUGGCCUGAUCAGCUAUUUAUAUUUAUAGUUAACAGUAACACUUAUUAAUACAAAAUAUAUGACAAUAUUAUGUUAGUCAGAUGUAUACUGGAGUCGAUUAACGCGUAUACGCGUUAUGAGUCAUUUUCUCCUGAUAACCCCGAAAAGAACUUAAAUUAUACUUUCAGUUUUGAUCAUACAGAUAAGAGCAAUA